CUCAGGGGUCUUUCUGUCUUCCACCACAGGGAAAAUGCAGUCCUGCCAAACAAGCUGGAAGUUGUGUUCGUGGUGGUUCGUUUAAUGACGUGUUUAGUCCGAAAACAAAGAAAUUAAUCCGUUUAAAACGAACAUGUCUGUUCAUAGUGCAGCUAACGGGGACUGCGGCGACACGGCAGCGCUGGAUAAAGAACAUCCGAGGUUGCUCAUCCCUGAGCUCUGCAGACUCUUCUAUCAGCUCGGCUGGGUGACGGGAACGGGAGGUGGCAUAAGCCUCAGACAUGGAGACCACAUUUACAUCGCCCCAUCAGGAGUUCAGAAGGAACGAAUACAGCCAGAAGACAUGUUUGUAUGUGACGUGAACGAGAAGGACAUCAGUUGUCCACCUACAUGGAAGAAGCUGAAGAAAAGCCAGUGCACCCCGCUUUUCAUGAAUGCCUAUACUAUGAGAGGAGCCCAAGCAGUAAUUCAUACGCACUCUAAGGCUGCUGUAAUGGCCACUUUGCUGUUCCCUGGAAAAGAGUUUUGUAUUACUCACCAGGAGAUGAUCAAGGGGAUUCGCAGAGGAAACUCGGGCUCAAAUUACAGAUAUGAUGACACUCUGGUGGUACCCAUCAUUGAGAACACACCAGAAGAAAAGGACCUGAAAGAGCGCAUGGCCAGAGCGAUGGAGGAGUACCCAGAUUCCUGUGCUGUCCUUGUCAGACGACACGGAGUCUACGUCUGGGGAGAGAGCUGGGAGAAAGCCAAGACCAUGUGUGAAUGUUACGACUACCUGUUCGACAUCGCUGUUCAGAUGAAGCAGUUUGGUUUAGACCCGUCUGCAUUUCCCACUGAAGCCAAAGGCAUUGUUUGACGUGAGGUCCAUUACCGGCGUCAGGAUAACAUCAGCCUUUAGAAAAGCAGACAAUGAAACACACAUUUCUGUAUCAACCUGGAAGAACUGUAAAUGUGCUUCAAUCAGACAUCAGCUGUUAUUAUACAUGUCCAGGUGCCUCUUUUUAUGUAAAUAUCACCAUUUCAAUUAUGGACAAUAAAACUUUGAUUGCUGUGAUGAAAAAAAUCUUUAAUGCUUUCUAACUGCUGCUGACAAACCUUAAGAGUAUUAAAACCUUUCACAUGUUGUUUUUA